AUGAGGGCUAUCAUACCAGAAAAUAAGGUAUUACCACCAAUGGAAAGGUAUGAAGGUUUGACUGAUCCGAUUAAACAUCUUCGUUCCUUUGUUGAUGCUAUGGCGGUCUACUCUUCGGAUGAAUUAGUAUGGUGCAGGGUCUUUUCCUUGUCGUUGAAGGGGGAAGCAUUGGAUUGGUUCCACUCGUUAUUACCACGUUCUAUAGACGGAUUUGCUACGUUGAGGCAACUCUUUAGUCAGCAAUAUGUGUCAAAUCGAACCCCGGGAGUGACAUACACUACUCUCGUAAGGAUGAGGCAGGGAAGGGAGGAAUCUCUCAAGACGUUUAUGGAUCGAUUUAACCGAACUGCUCAGCAGGUGCGGAAUGCGGAUCAGAGGAUGAUCGUGAGUGCUUUGACAACCGCUUUACAACCAGGACCUUUUGUAGAUUACUUGUAUGCAGAAGAACCACAAACUAUGGAUGAGUUACAAAAUCGUUUGGCCAGUUUUAUCCGUGUUGAGGAGGGAAGAUCGCAUCAAAGGGGGAGAGAAGAGGGAGAAUCCACGAGUAGGAUCGAGAAGGAGAGGAGGGGAGAAAAGCGACCGUUCGGGAGAGUUGAACAGGGAAGCAGUUUCAGGGGAGAGGGUCGGUUUAAGAUACCCCAAUACAUUCAUUAUACACCGUUGAAUGCUCCUCGAACUAAAGUAAUGGAGGAGGCAGAUGAAAGCAAAUACUGUCGCUAUCACCAGAAUAGGGGGCACACAACGGAAGAUUGCAAGACUCUUAAGGAUAAGUUGGAGAGCCUAGUGCAACAGGGUCAUUUACGACAGUUUGUUCGGAGAGGAGGGUCUUCCGGAAAUAGUGAUGUUGUAACGAAUACGCCCCAUCAGAGGCAAAAACAUGAAGGGGGAAGUCGUCGCAGCCAGAGUAAGAGCAGAGACCGAACGGUGAGGGGGGUGAUCAAUACCAUCUCUGGAGGGUUUGCUGGUGAGGGGCCAACGGUGGCAGCGCGCAAGAGACAUUUAAGAAGUCUGCACCAUGUUAAUCGAGCAGGAAUUACGAAGAAGUCAAUGCCCGUUAUCUCAUUCUCCGAUGUUGAUUUUCACGCCUCCGAUCCCGAACAAGACGACCCAAUGGUGAUUACGGCGAUGAUUGCUCGGUACCAAGUAGGGAAAAUAUUAGUCGAUCAAGGAAGUUCAGCCAACAUCUUGUAUUGGAAAACAUUCUAA